AUGUCCGACAACCACACCCCCGUCAAUGUGCCCGAUGGCCAGCCCAAUCCGGUUCUGGUUGGCCCCGGCUUGAAAUCCCUCAACGAUGGAGCGUAUUCCAAGGCUACCAAUGCUACUCCGAGCCUUGACAGUGAUAAGAAACACCAACCGCUUAACGAUGCUCCCUCCUAUUUCUACGACCUUCCCGGGGCCCACCAAGGAUCACCCGACGGCUCCCCUGCCACGCCUGCGCAGGCUGCAAAGGAUGCGAGAUCGGGGAGAGACCUCUUGCGCCGGCUAAGUCUCGUGGGAAAUGCUUCGCCCGUUAUUCCGGAGCCCGAUCCACGCGAACAGUAUCCUGGAUUGCGGCUUAGCGGUCGAAUCAUCAGCGUGGCCUUUUGCAUUCCUUACAAACUUUUUUUACGAUCGGGUUCUGAAUGGGGGCUUAAACCUCGUCCGGGCACCUCGGCCCUGUUCGAUUCGUUAGCACAUCUUGGCUCCGAUGAGACAAGAUGGUCACAUACUCUCGUGGGCUGGACCGGCGAGGUGGAACCGAUCCAGGGUGCAAAGAUGCCUCUACAGCCAAUUCCAGUCAAUACCAGCACGAACUUGCCUCCAGCUUCCAACAUACCCCCUUUACCGCUUAACAAGGCAGCAGCCCCCGUUCCUGUAGAUGCAACACAACGGCAACCCACACAUCCUCUUUUCGAGGCCGCAAGUGUUGGUAAGGAGGACCGUGAACGGCUGGAGACGCAGCUGUCUUCCAGUCGGUACGGAAGGAUUGCCCCCGUGUGGCUAUCGGAUGAGUCUGAAGAGCCAGAAGAAACAGUUGUCUUGGAGGACCAAGGGAGAUGGAGACGGUAUGCUGAAAGAGAGCUCUAUCCCCUCCUGCACUACAAACAACAUGGCCCCACCGAUGGUAGGUCAGAGCGCAGAUGGUGGGCAGAUUAUGUCCGGAUGAAUCAACUAUUUGCGGAUCGCAUCGUGCAAGAAUACCAAGAAGGCGACAUUGUUUGGAUUCAUGACUACCAUUUAUUCCUUCUGCCCGGUAUGCUACGGCAAAGGAUCCCUAAUAUCUACAUGGGCUUCUUCUUGCAUGCCCCAUUUCCUAGCAGCGAGUUUAUGCGUUGCCUCGCCAAGCGCAAGGAAGUACUCACGGGUGUGUUGGGUGCCAACAUGAUCGGCUUCCAGACCUUUUCCUACUCCCGUCACUUCUCGUCUUGUUGCACCCGGGUUCUCGGAUUCGACUCCAAUUCUGCAGGAGUGGAUGCGUAUGGCGCCCAUGUUGCUGUUGACGUCUUCCCAAUUGGAAUUGAUGCCAAGGCAAUCCAAAAAUCUGCCUUUGGAGCCCCGGAUAUUGACAAAGCCGUGCUGGGAAUUCGCAAGCUGUAUGCGGGCAAGAAAAUCAUUGUCGGCCGUGACAGGCUUGACAGUGUUCGUGGUGUGUCCCAGAAGCUGCAGGCUUUUGAAGUGUUCCUUGAGCGGUUCCCUGAAUGGCGCAACAAGGUCGUCCUGAUCCAGGUGACCAGCCCAACUAGCGUUGAGGAGGAGAAGGAGGAUCCUGAUAAUAAGGUCGCUAGUCAGAUUUCAAACCUUGUGUCUACCAUCAACGGCCGCUUCGGCUCCUUGAGCUUUUCGCCUGUUAAGUACUACCCGCAGUACUUAUCUCAAACCGAGUAUUUCGCCUUGUUGCGGGUGGCAGACCUUGGGCUAAUCACCACGGUCCGUGAUGGCAUGAACACGACAAGUUUGGAAUACAUAAUUUGCCAGCACAACAACCAUAGCCCGUUGAUUUUGUCCGAGUUUUCUGGUACUGCAGGAACGCUUUCUAAUGCCAUCCACAUCAACCCCUGGGAUUUGGUGGGUGUGGCAGGCGCCAUCAACCAAGCGUUGACCAUGUCUCCUGACCAAAGGGAGUCACAACAUCAGAAACUAUACAAACAUGUGACCACAAAUACUGUCGCAACCUGGUCCAAGCAGUACCUUAACCGGCUGCUUACCAAUCUUUCUUCUUUUGAUCAGUCCGUGGCCACACCCGCCCUCGAUCGGGCCAAGCUGUCGAAGCAGUACCGCAAAGCGCGCAAGAGGCUAUUCAUGUUUGACUACGACGGCACACUCACACCAAUUGUCAAAGAUCCCCAGGCCGCCAUACCAUCAGAUCGUGUCCUGCGGACAAUCAAGAGUCUGUCUGCAGACCCGCGAAAUGCAGUGUGGAUUAUUAGUGGACGUGACCAGGCCUUCCUCGACGAGUGGAUGGGCCAUAUCCCGGAACUGGGUCUGAGUGCAGAGCAUGGGUGCUUCAUCCGAAAGCCUCGCUCCGAUGACUGGGAGAAUCUCGCUGAGCGGACGGACAUGGCAUGGCAGAAAGAGGUAAUGGAGGUCUUUCAACAUUAUACCGAGCGGACGCAGGGCUCCUUCAUUGAGCGAAAACGAGUGGCUUUGACUUGGCAUUACCGCCGGGCAGAUCCCGAGUAUGGGGCAUUCCAGGCACGGGAAUGUCGGAAACACUUGGAGGAUACGGUGGGCAAGAAAUGGGAUGUCGAAGUCAUGGCAGGCAAGGCGAAUCUCGAAGUUCGACCGACAUUUGUUAACAAGGGCUUCAUCGCGACCCGGCUGGUCAAUGAAUACGGGACAGCACCAGGGAAAGCCCCCGAAUUUAUCCUGUGUUUGGGCGAUGACUUCACGGAUGAAGAUAUGUUCCGAGCCCUUCAGAAAUUUGAUCUUCCAACGAAUCAUGUCUAUUCAGUGACUGUCGGUGCAAGCUCGAAACAAACUGCAGCGAGUUGGCAUCUCUUAGAACCGGCCGAUGUCAUUGGAACGAUCUCGAUGUUGAACAGCAGUUCUUCUGCGCAAGAGUACUAA